AUGGAGAAAGGUUUGCUUUCUGUUUCUGUGCAAGUAAUCAUCAGACAUAAUGUCUAUCUCUACACGCCGGUGCUUUCCGAGAACCUGGUCACGCAGUUCCUUCCGCCUCGAUGGAACGAAAUUCUCAGCGUGUACCACAUCAAGAGCUACAUCUUCGAUAACAACAUGAUCAUCAGCGGCGCGAAUCUUUCGAACGAUUAUUUCACAACUCGCAUUGAUCGCUAUGUUCUCUUCGAAAACUGCCCCGAUCUAAUUAAUUACUACGAAAAGUUUUCCCUCUCUUUUUUCCUUUUAAAUCCCAGUUUUUUUGCCAUUUUAUCGGAAUACUGUUCCACGAUCUCUGCAGAAUCUGGCCGAGUGAGUCGUUAUAGUGUGUUUUCUGGUUAUUUCGCGAUGUAG